AGAACAUCUCAACCACUUCCAUGCUGGUCCACAACUCAUGAUGUCCAUAAUUCAUCGCCAAUUCUGGAUUAUCCGUGCGAAGGAUGUAAUUCGCCAAUUUGUUAAGAAAUGUGUCACCUGUGCUCGCCACAAGCCAGUCACCCUUCAACCAAUGAUGGGAGACCUCCCUUCCUUCCGCGUGACCCCAAGUCGUCCGUUCCAGAAAACCGGGGUCGACUAUGCAGGUCCCUUCCUAAUCAAACCAAUCCAACCAAGAAGCACUACAACAAUCAAAGCCUACCUUGCCCUCUUCAUAUGCUGCUGUACCCGUGCAGUUCACUUGGAAAUUGUCAGCUCCCUGUCAACUGACGCAUUCCUGGCAGCACUCUGGCGCUUUGUGUCGCGACGUGGACUUCCCUCCGACAUGUACAGCGAUUGUGGCACCAACUUCGUUGGAGCCGACCGAGAACUCAAGGAGAUGCUGACCUUGGUCUUGUCUGCAAAACACAACCAAACCAUAGCCGACCAAAUCUCAACCAGAGGGAUUCUAUGGCACUUCAGUGUACCAGCAAGUCUUCACUUCGGCGGCCUAUGGGAAGCAGGAGUCAAGAGUGUCAAGUUUCACUUAAAACGAGUGAUUGGAUCUCAACGCCUCACAUUCGAAGAACUUACGACAACAAGUGCGAGAAUCGAAGCAAUACUCAACUCCCGUCCCCUUUGUCCUGAAUCGAGCGAUCCCAGUGAUCUCACUACGUUAACCCCCGGACAUUUCCUUAUUGGUACCGCUCUCACCUCCAUCCCUGAACCACAUCUCCAAGAUUUGCAAAUAAGUCGCCUCUCCCGAUGGCAACUCCUCCAGAGAAUAACUCAAGAUUUCUGGAAGCGGUGGUCCUCCGAAUAUCUCACCAGAAUGCAACAACGACCUAAAUGGAUCUACGGUGACCACAAGAUAUCAAUUGGUGACCUAGUCCUCAUCAAACAUGAAAAUUUAUCCCCCAUGCAAUGGCAACUCGGACGAAUCACGCAACUCCACCCUGGACCAGACUUCCGUUGUGAAGACAGCAACCGGAGAACUUAAGCGUCCCUUGGUGAAGUUGUCCCCACUUCCCAUCACUUCCGCAUCGGAUCAAGCCGUCUCAUCCACACCACAAUAAAAUUGAAAAUUGGCAUUUCAAGGCCG